UCAUUCAUUCAUACAUCACAUUGAAAAGAAUCAUCAAAUUAUCAAUGGCGCCUUCGAAUCGUAAAGUUCAAUUUCGAUUGGAAAAUGUUAAAGAAGAAUUGGAGGAUGAAAAUCAACAAAGCUGUAAUAAUGAUAAUAAACGAGGACCGAUUGCCAUUACGAAAAGGCCUGCAUUCGAAUUGCCAACAAGUCAUAAUCAACAAAAUGAUCCAUUAACAAUCAAAGAACAAUAUCGACCCGAUCUGAAACGAUUAUCAUUGGAUGAUCUGAAAGGUUUACUUGAAAAACAACAAAGAAUCCUGCGAAAUAGAAAACUUUUAGACAAUCUCAAGGAUAAAGGUGAAAAGACGAAAAAAUUUCUGCAAGAAAUUCAAGAAGAACUAUCGAUCCGUGAGAAAAAUGUGAACAAAAGUAUUGCAAAAACCGAACAUUUGUUAGAAGAAUUGUCCAUAAAAGAAGAAAAAGAUGAAAUGAUGAAAACUAUUUCACCAUAUAAAGAUGCUUAUAGUGAGAAUCGUGCCCGUUUAUUUGAUCAAAAUCAAUGCAGCAAUCAAUCAGCCAAACAUGAACAUACAAUGAAAACAUUAACAUAUCAACAAUCAUUCGAAUGUUUGGAAAAAGCCAUUGGCAAAGAAAAAGAUUCAUUACACAAACAAAUGAUUCGAUUUUAUGAUUACAGAACUCGUGAUGAUGAAUCAGAACAAUCUGAUUUUGACGAAAACUACGAUGAUGAUGAUGAUGAUGAUCAUGAUGCUAAUGUGAUUCGUAUAAAUUUUAACCAUUCUGGUUGAAUUUUCAUAAAAAUAAAUUAGUUCAUCGGCGCUGGUUACCAAUGGUAACCACCGGUUUUAUGUUUUGUUUUUUUUUCACUUGAAACACAAAUAU